CAACUCUCGCGAGAUCCACCGGUGGCGUCGCGGGAGCCGGCGCUGCGCUGCGGUAGGAGGUCGGCGGAGAAGGACGGAGCCGGAGCCGCUUCGCCGCCCUCCUUCCUCCCUUCCCUCCCUCCCUCCCGCCUCGCUCCCCUCCUCAGCCGGGAGGAUGCCUCGCUCCGGCCCGCUCCCCGCCGCCUUCUCCCUGCUGCUGCUGACGGCCGCGCUGCUGCCGGCUCCCUCCGCCGCGCAGAACGAGCCAAGGAUCAAUGCCAGCGAGGACGUAACCAUCCAAGUUUAUGGCCAGGCCGCCAUCACAUUACAGUGUAACCUCACCACCAGCCCCAGCCCCCUCUCUGCCAGCUACUGGGUGAAGAAUGGAGAAGAGAUUCCUGGCACUAGAAAAACCUCAAACACUACAGAAUACAAGAUUUUGAAGCCCAGAGCAGAAGAGUCAGGGGAAUACUUGUGCGUGUUUGUGUUUUCAAACUCUCCUGUAGCCAACGCCACUAUAGAAGUGAGAGCUGUCCCUGACAUCACCGGCCACAAGCGAAGUGAGAAUAAAAACGAGGGGCAGGAGGCGCUCAUGUACUGCAAGUCCGUGGGCUUCCCGCAUCCUGAGUGGGUGUGGCGCAAGAAGGUCAACGGAGUGUUUGAGGACAUCAACAACUCUUCUGGAAGAUUUUUUAUUUCAAAUAAAGACAACUACACUGAGCUCAGCAUCACAAACCUGCAGAUCAAUGAGGAUCCCGGCGAGUACCAGUGCAAUGCAACCAACCAGAUCGGCUCCACGUCCGUCACAACCAUCCUGCGUGUCCGCAGCCAUUUGGCUCCUCUCUGGCCCUUCCUGGGGAUCCUGGCAGAAAUUUUUAUCCUCGUUUUCAUCAUAGUUAUUUAUGAGAAAAGGAAGCGGCCAGACGAAGUCCCAGACGAUGAUGAACCAGCUGGGCCAAUGAAAACCAAUUCUACAAACAAUCAUAAAGAUAAAAACUUACGCCAGAGAAACACAAAUUAAAAAUGCUUAUCAUAGCUUUAAGUUUCUGAGAGACUGAUGGCAAUAUGACCUGCUAAAUUUAAGGGUUGGAACUCUUGGUUCUAGAACUCCAGUUCUGUCUGAUUUUUCUUUUUUCUUUUUCUUUUUUUUUUUCCUUCCUUUUCAAGUGAGCAACAAAAUAUGACUGUCUAAAGCAUGCCUUAUUUAGCCUCUCCUGCAAGGAUGACCUAGUCAGAUAAACUUUAAUACCGCUUCAGUGUAGAAGGUGUAAACUAUUUUGGGCUUGAUGUGCUGUGAAUGUUGCUUAUUUUAUUUUUUUCCCCUCCUUACUAUAUUUAAACAUUAGAAGUAGUAAAUUGGAUCACGCAUGCGCCAUUUUUUACUUACCGUAGCUGUUAAAUUGGCAAAGCUCAAAAACGCACUGCUGCCAUCUAGUGAUAUUUUUUGUAAAGUACGGCGAGACUGACAAAUAUAUACAGUAUAUAUUUAUAUUUGGGGGGAGGAGAAAAACCAAAAUCCAGUAUAAUCGUGUUUCAUUUUGAAGCUGCUGAUGUUCAUUCCUUACUGUACGUCUGGUAGAUGAGAGGGGUGAUGCUGUUCUGGUGCAUAGAGAAGGAAUUCUAAGUUGAAAUAUAUCUUAAGGGCUUAACCUAUAUAGAGAAACUCGGGUGUCCUGCGGUCAGCCUUCAGAAGCCGGAACAGUUGGACAAGGUGGUGGUGAAAUGCAGUUGAAACGAAAACAAAACUUCAGUUUAUAAAUAUAUAUAUAUGAUUGCUUUUUAAGUGAUUUUUUUUUUUUUUUGUUAACUCAUGUAAAUUCUCGAAUCCUUUUGCACUGAUGUGUUCAACAUAUUCUUGUACAUUCAAUUCAGGCAAACUUUUAUAAGUUUUUUUUUGUUUGUUUAACUGAAACGUUACGGCAUGGUGAUAUUCUAUGCAACUAGUUAUCUUCAGUUUGACACUGUAACUUCUCAUGAUUUAAAGAUUGUAGAAAUAGACCUAACAGGGUUCUCAUGAUGUGCGUAACUGUAGAUGCAUGAACUUGUGUUCUGUGUAUUUGUUGAAGUGCAAUGAUGUAUAAAACAAAACAAAACAAAAAAAGUGGAUUCACCUGUUUUUAAAAAUAAAACACUGACAAAAACGUGUGAGACUUCCACAUAUUUAAUGGCAUGUCAGCUACGCUGCGUACCUUGGAGCGGCGUUGCACGCGGCUCAGCCUUCCGUCAGCUUUUUCAGUUCCUUCUCCACGUCCUCCACAAAGGCUGGGAAGUGCUGGUCCAUCAGGCAUAAGCGGAUGAAGGGUCCCAGGUCUCGUGCGCUCCACGCUGAAUGCCGGUACACCAGGGGCAGCUCCAACUCGUGACUUAGCACAGACUGCAAAGGAACAACACAGCUGUUGCACUGAUCUCGUACAGACAAGGUAGCGCCACGUGGGUUUUGUAACGAUGCAGCUACGUCAGGUUUUUCCUUCGGCAUUUAAUAAAGAUGCAUCUGCCUUGUUAUUACA